AAAAUGUCUAGCCCUGUCGUGCCUCGCCUGGCCUGGGCUUGCCUUACAUUUCAAAGUAUAUAAACAAAAGUAUUUGAAAAGUAUUCCCAGUUUCGUGUAGUAAGGAGCAAGGAGGUCUCAAGAUGAUGCUGCUUCGCUGGUUUCGCAUUUCCCGUAACCUUGUGCUGGAGAGCAAUGCUAUAUUGCUAGUGACUGGCAUUAUUUUCCUGGCCGAUGUAUAUUUGCACAUAUUUGUUAAGCUAUCGACUCUGGAAUUCUUCGAAAUGGGCAAUUAUAUAGUAUCCCUAAGCGCCUGGAUGAGUUGGGUGCGCGGCCUCACACUUAUGGUCUAUAUAUUCGAAGCCAUUCUGGGCAUACGUAUGGCCAAGAGUCCCAGUUUGUUCGCGUUUGCUGGCUAUAUGCUAAUUGGUUUUAUUCUCUUAAUUUAUUUAGCCAGCAUAGUGAUCUCCAGUAUUGCAUAUCUGGACGAUUUCAAUAUCUCAGUCGAUAUGUUGUUACAGAAACUAUGGUUGGGCAAUCGAUUUGACAAAGUGGAGAGUCUAUUCGAAUGCUGUGGCAAGACGGGAGUUAUCGAUUACGUAGAGACCAUCGAAAAUCGGACUUGGUCUCGCGAAUCAUGUUGUGGAAUGGAAACUUGUCAUGGAUGUCAUGAUAUUAUUCAUAAAUUUCUAUGGGCGAUUGAAAAAGAAAUUGCUAGAGAUAAUAUUAUAGUAUUUAUUGUCCUGUGCAUUGCCAUGUUGAUAAUGUUGUGCCACUAUAAGGAUGCUGAAUUUGUCGAUGAUCCCUAUGAGUCAGAGUCAUCAGAUAAUGAUGAUGAUGAUGAUAAUGAACCAAGUACACUGAAAGAUCCAGGACAACAAUAAAUGGACAAUUGCCACAGGGUGAUUAGUAGCUAAAUUAACGACCUACAAUUUGGCUUUGGUCAAUUGAACUUUAAUUCAAUGUUAUGCCCCAGGCUCAGCGCUUGUUGCGCCUCAUUAAUCGAUUGGCUAAGCCAACUCGCAUUACGUUGCUUCGGUUCAUUCGUCCUUCGGUCUUUCUGCCACUUAAUUAGCUUUCAAAAUAAAAUGCCCACGAAUUAUAUAUGUA